AUGUCGCUGCCGUUCGGGAGCCCUGAUCUGAGUAAGCACCUGAGGAAUCGCAAGGAGAGGAUGGUGGGAGAGAGGAUUUUGGAGUUUAUUAGCUUGGCUGUAGGACUGGUUAGUAUCCGCGGGGUGGAUUCUGGACUUUACCUCGGGAUGAACGAAAGAGGAGAGCUGUAUGGAUCGAAGAAGCUCACAAGAGAGUGUGUUUUCCGUGAGCAGUUUGAAGAAAACUGGUAUAACACGUACGCCUCGACCCUGUACAAACAUUCCGACUCGGAGCGGCAAUAUUACGUUGCUCUGAACAGAGAUGGCUCCCCCCGGGAAGGAUGCAGGACUAAGAGACACCAAAAAUUCACGCAUUUUUUGCCAAGACCCGUGGACCCUGCAAAGACCCCCACGAUGCACAGAGACCUCUUCCACUACAGGUGA